AUCGUAUUAUGCAUCUGCGUUUUCCGACGGUCGUGAAGGUAUCACUGCUGCUCUCUGCUUACACCACACACAGCAGCGCACCGAGUUCCGCUCCGCCUGGCCAAUCGCGUCGCGCUGUGGCUCAGCAGCACCGUUGCAGUGUGGGGGGAUCUCGCGGAGGUGCUGCUCGUCAAGCGAGGGAGCAAUUGGAGGAAGAGACACUCGACCCGGGUGACCGCUCUGGACAAACAGCACCCCUGCGUCCCCGUCACAGUCACCGGGUGACAUUGGCAUGAGCAGCCUCGGUCCGGGUGACCCUCAGUGAGUGACAAAUGUGUGAUAAAGCGGAGAACCAUUUCCCUCUCCCAGUGGAAAUCUGAGUUCUGGGACACUGAGGCAGCCGGUGGGGGUCUCUGAGGAAGAUGCUGGGUUCAGAGCGCGGUGUUGUAGAAGAAUGGCUCUCAGAAUUCAAGUCCUUACCAGAAACCCACAUCCCCAGCUAUGCCGGCAGCCUUCAUCUAAAGAAGUCCCUGGUGCCAGCACUCUACAGAGUCAUACAGGACCCCAACAAUGAGCUGCUGGAGCCUGUGUGCCACCAGCUGUUCGAGCUGUACCGGAGCUCUGAAGACCGCCUGCGACGCUUCACACUGCAGUUCCUGCCUGAGCUGGUGUGGGUAUAUCUGCGAGUCACGGCCAGCAGGGAUCGACAGAGCAAUGGCUGCAUUGAGGCCCUCCUCUUGGGCAUCUAUAACCUGGAGAUUGUGGACAAAGACGGCAACAGCAAGCUCCUGUCCUUCACAAUCCCGUCUCUGUCCAAACCAUCGAUAUAUCAUGAGCCUUCGAGUCUGGGGUCCAUAGCACUGACAGAGGGGGCUCUGUGUCAACAUGACCUGAUCAGAGUGGUGUACAGCGGCCUCCACCCUCAGAGAGAGACAUUCACAGCUCAGAACAGGUUUGAAGUGCUGUGUUUCCUCAUGCUCUGCUACAACUCUGCUGUGGUGUACAUGCCCCUUUCUUCCUAUCAGUCAGUCUGCAGAAUGAGCUCACGGUUGUGUGUAUGUGGCUUCCCUCGGCAGCAACAGAAGCUUUGGAGGGAACCUUGCAACCGUGUGCUGCUGGAUCCCGAGUUCAUGGUGCAGAUGCUGACAGCUGUGUAUCACGCCAUAUACAAUGGAGAGUGGGAGAUGGGGCGGGAAGCUCUGGAGGACAUUCUGUACAGAGCUCAGCUGGAGCUUUACUCCGAGCCUCUGCUGCUGGGGAACGCCAUGAAGAACUCGCUGCCAGAAAGCGCUCCCGACGAGCCGCGGGGGCGCAAGGUGCUCCAGGUGGAGGUGACACCCACCGUCAGGCGCAUAUCCAUCUCAGCCAUCACAACUGCCUCCAUACGGCGUCACCGCUGGAAGAGAGAGGAUUGUUUUGACCACUCGACUGAAGCAGAUUUGAGCCUCAUCGUCAAUGCUCCUAGCCUCGCCCUCCAACACCACCACCACCACACUCCCUGGGAUGCAGCAGCCAUAGAGGAAAGAGGAGGGCGAGCUCACAGCCACCACAGCAGCAGCAGCAGCAGCAUCAUCAUUCCCCCCAUCACACUUGAGGAUGCUGAUGGAAUGAGCGGCGGGGAGGAUUCCUUCAAUGUCAACGACCCAGACGAGGGUUUCUCCUCCGGGGCGUCCAACAGCAGCCAGCCCAGCGGCGUCAAGGCGAGCGGCGGUGUGGGGCCGAGGGGCGGCAGCCUGAACAGCGGCGGCAGCAGCAUCAAAAAAGCCAUCACGGCCCGGCUGUCCCGGGACAAGGACAGGGACAGGGAGAGGGAGAGAGAGAGGGAGCGAGAGAGAGCAGCAGAAAAGCAGGCCGAGUUGUCUGCAGAUCACCAGUCAGCUGUGAGGAGGCAUCACCAGAGGCAGCAGUCACCCCCAGCCAGCAUCACGCUGGACGGCAUCCAGCUGAGCCCCAUAAAGAAGCACCUGAGCUUCCCUGUGGGGCCCGCGCUGGUGCGGACUGGCAGCACCUCCUCCAGCAAGUCCUUUGACUGCAUGAAAUUCAACUUGAACGGAGGCAAAGACGAGCAGGAGGAGGCGUUGGGGGGCUCCGACAAGGAAGAGGGGCUUCCGGCCGGCGGCUCCCACCGCCACUCCACAAUUAGCCUGCAGGAAGAGCACCUCAUCAGGCCAGAGGACGCCCAAGACCUCCUGUCUCCUGGAGCUCCUCUCACCAGGCAGUCCCGCUCCCCCAGCUUCAACAUGCAGAUCAUAUCACAGGUCUAACAUGCAGUGCAGGGCAUAACACACACACACACACGCACACACACACACACAAAACUCGAACUCAUAACAUACAUCCUCAUGCAGUUUUUCUCUGUGACUCUUUACAACCCUACUACGACAACCGUGUGUGUGUGUGUGUGUGUGUGUGUGUGUGUGUGUGUGUGUGUGUGUGUGUGUGUGUGUGUGUGUGUGUGUGUGUUCAGGAAUGCACCCUCUCAACAUCCAUUCAAUUUCAAAUUGGCGUGCAGUAGCUGAGAAUGCAACAAGAGAAAAGUAGUCAAUCCUAACUGCUGUUACUAACUACAGUGUGUGAGUGCAUCCUCCCGUCUGUUGAUGCAGAGCAUUCCACACGGGAACUCUCCUGUAAAGGAGGAAACGUGGAGAGAAAAAGUCGUAAGAAUGCCACGCCAGCUGUAGGGGGAUAUAUGACAUUUCACAUUAUAAUUUUUUCCUGAGUUCCUGACUGAAUCAGUCAUCGUGAAUCAGCAAUAACACUUAACAGUCGCUCAUGUGGAGAAGAGUGGGGAUUAUUGCUCUUUCUCUUCAUUCCUUCCCUGUCAUUCCCGGGCUCACGUGCAAUCAUACAGUACUUGCUGAUUAUCUUCCUUCUUCAGUGCUGUUUUUAAGAAAUGGUUUUACGAAAAGAGAAGAAAAGAAAACUCUUUAAAUGUUUGAUCAUAGCAAUCCAAAGAAGGUAGAUUUGGUUUCGUUUAGUUUUUUCCUCACUUUGCUGAAAUCCUAUUUUGUAAAAAUCUGUCAGACCCGAGUCAUAACCAGCCAAUUACGUUCAUUUUAUUCUGAAAUUCCAGUAAUGAUUAUCUGAUGUGAUCUUUGAAAAUCAAACUCUUAAGAUUGUUUGUCAAACCCAACUGGAAUGUGUGAAGGGUUUGUCUCGCCCCCGACUGAACUGACAAAUCUGAUGAAAUCACUACUGUGCAUCAACAAGGGGAAAAAGAAAUUCCUCUUGUGACUGGAUAUGUACAAAUCUGAAGCUGAAUCUUGUGGGGGAACUAGAUUAACACAUUGUAGACAGAGCAGGUUUGUGUCUGAAGCUAAAGGCAAUGACUGUAUUUUAUAUUGGAUUGUUAUUCUGGUCUAAACCAUUGAAUGGGUCCUUUCCUCUGAAACCUUGGUUGGUGUUGAGGUGUCAUUUCUGAUCCGUUGAAUUACUGCCCCCUGGAGGCUCGUACUCGUCGCUGUGCAUCAGCAGUAACCAUGGCGGUCAUCUCAUGUGCUGUGCUCUGAUUGGAUGUGCUCAUGAAACAUUUUGUUCUACCUCAUUGUGUGUUAACCUGCCUCUCAGACGCCCGUCUCCCAAUCCGAUGCAGGAUUCAAGACCCCGUUAGCUUUCAGACUGGAGCGCUCCCGCACCAGUUGGGGGGGAUUAUAUAGUGGGGGACCAAUAUGGUUUCAGCUGUAAUGAGAACACGACUGUCUUCAGGUUUUCAUACUUUCUGUCAUAUAUCAAACCACCACACUGGGGGUUAACCGGAUAAUUUACCUAGAAAUGUCAUGCUUAUCUUUUCUUUUUCUCUUAAAAGUGCAAUUUUGUUGUCCUCACGUGCAUGCAGUUGGAUCUUCUCUGCUGUUUAAAUGCCUGCACCUGCGCACAGCGCUAGCUAGCCUUUUGUAGUGCCCCCCUGCCCAGACUGAGGGAUUCGAACACGGCGCGCUUGUCUGCAUGUCUAGUGCCCUGCAAAGCACUGCUGCUUUUCGGAUGCGUGAAACGGCCAACAAGUCGAAACCCAAGUCUCGUCUUUGCCAGAUGUGCCAACACACAUCCUCUUAAUCUUCUUGCUUGGGUGUCUUAAGUGAAAAUGCCUUUUUUUUCUCCUCCUGUUUACUCGUCUUAUUUUAAAGUUGAAGCACAAUAAAAGGGAUGUUUGGGGCGUAAAUGGCUCUCUACCCGUAGAUGCGGCUUCACCAGUUUUUUUUGCCAUUAAUCUUCUGUUCACUCGUCACACUUGUGUGCGACGCACUGUACUUUAACAGAUCAUUACUAAGCUUUGCUGUUCACAUUCACAAUCAGUAUAUUACGCGUCUGUGUACUGUAGCCGUCAGCUGUUGUAUUGCAUUUCCUGCGUCUUGCUUCUUACGUGCUCGUUGAAAACGAGGGUGAAUGAUAAAUGUAUAUAAAAGUCAGUCCGGUCCGCGGGGAAAGAUCUCACUCACUAACGCUCCUGCUGUCCAGGGAACCUUCACAGCUGCUGCAGCUGCUCCUGGUUCAAAGUGAGCCGUGUGUGUGUGUGUGUGUUUCCUCUUUCCUCUUCAACAUUUCAGGCUCUUUGGCCUCGGGACGCUCCUCCUCCCUCUCUUCCUGCUCCUGCUGGACUGGACCGUGGAAGAGAGAGGAGAAGAGCGUAGCCACGGUUCACACUCUCACCCGGUCCGUCUGCCAUCAUCCCCGUGCUGUGUGGCUCCCCACGAGCCGUGUUACCAUUUGCUGUAUUUUGCUGUGAGUUGAGUAGCACCUUUUUUGCUGUUUUAAAAACUGGUGACGUGUUCAUGUCAUUAAUAUACGAGUGCCCCUGACCGAGAUUACCAGCAGCCAUGUUGCUACUGUAUUUUGACUUAGAGUAAUCCCUCAGUGUCAGGUGUUAUUUGCAUGUGAUCAGGGUGGGAAAUGAUCGCUGGCCAGCAAAUGUCAAUGAAACUUGGCCGUGGCUGGCUAUUUUAUCUUCCAUUUAUUUUGGCAGAAUUGUAAGCUCAGAAAUCCUCACAUGGUCCACUUACUUUUCGGAAAAGAAAAUCUGUUUUUAGGUGGGUAAAAUAUUGUUGAAUUCACACUUGGUCAGCCACUGCUGCAGGUGGACAAAGUUCAUUUCCUGUCCUGCAUGUGAUAACUGUGGGCUUUGUUUCCAUACAGUAUAAUGCACUUUAAUCCAUCCACCUCUCUCCUCAAGAUAGUUAUUUAAAUGAUAUAUAUUGAUGUGCAAAUGUGUAUACACUAAAUGCAGGGUUUUAGUCUCUUUAAAGUAGUACUUCUAUGUGAUGUCACAUCCAACACAAUGCUAUUUUUGUUAGUCUAAGGGUACAACAAUUUUAUUUUUUAUUUUCAAAACCAAAAAAGAAAAAAACAAAAAACGAAGUCCCGUGGUCUGGAAGGUCUCAGGAGUUUAUCAAAAUGCCACAUUUCAAAAAAUGGCAGCACCAAAAUUUCUGUUCUUGGAGUAAGAAUUGAUUCUAUGCAACAUUUUUUCCCCUUAUAUCUUUUUUUUUUUUUUUUAGUAUACCGGCUCUCAUUAAUGCUUGUCGGGUGGGAUGGGGCAGAUGCAUUUAAGCUGAUAUCUAAGGAAGGAGUCCUCAACAGCAUCCCCAUUCAACACUUCUGUUCAUACACCCUGUUGUGGUGGUACAGAGUGAACGACCUCGCUCACGUGGGUGAAGUGAGAGCGAGGAGAGAGAAAGCCACAACCGGACUUUUGGUGCAUGUCGAGCCCUCGUGUCAGUUUGCUCCUCUGUGGCUCGGAGAUGUCGGUUGGUGUAUGAAAUGUAAACAGAAUAUCGGUGAUGAAUCUGACACUGCUUCGAGGGGAAGCUGUUGUAAGAUGUGAUAACACUGUACCAUUGAUGUUGUACAAAAUGGAGAGAAAGACUUAUUUUAAAUCUUGUAAAUAACGAAUGUACAAAGGUGAGAGCAAGGUCAAUUUAAAAAAUACAAAACUGGAGAUCAGUCUGAUAUGUAGGGAGAGAAAUUAAUCUGUAUAUUGUUGAAUAAAUAUUGUGCCGUAAGGGA